GUUUAGAUGCAACCCGGGUUCUCGAAUCGUGAAUGCGCCCAAAAUAUGAAAAAUAUUUCCGAACCGUGGACAUUUUAUAUUCAAAAUGCAAAGUACGCUUUGGGAGUUUAAUUGAUGAGUAGCAGUACAGCUUUUUGUUUAAAAAUUAGUUCCGCGCGCUUACCGGAGCGGAGAGUGAAGCUUACAAAUGUGAAAAGAUUUCAAUUCUGAAUCCGGUGCUACAUGCGGCAUUCAAGGGUGUUGAGCGGAGCCGUAAUCACGUGAUCAGCGAGUGAACCGAGCAGCUGAACGCUGUAUCAGUGCCCAAAAAAAAACGACGGAAAAAUUCAAGCUCGGAGAACUCAGAUCAAAAUACCGAAAACACGAAGUGUUCGUCUUCCUUGUUCUUUUUAUCAAAUAGAAAGAGAUGCCGGAAAUGGAGACCAUCGAGCGGCUAAAGUUGAGUUCGGAAUGGGAUUUUAGUGCAGUGCUAGUGCUGUGUUCGUGUAGUGCAGUGUGAUGAAGGUGUAAUCGGCGGCGUAACACCGAAUACACCAUCAUUUUGUACCGAGUGAAUGGUGUCCCACCAUUUUCACAUCAUGCGGGCACCAAAUUAUUUCCCAAUGCAAAUAAAGUGUACUCCAAGCUCACUCCUACCAAUUAACGAACGCUACAGUAGCCGCUUCCCAGCUGUGUGCUUCAAGCACGGUGCAGCACAGUGUUCUGUGUUUGGGACGCAAAAGUUAUCAGCUCUCGAAGCGCAGUAAGGCUGGAACACGAAUUCGCGCUUGAAGCAUUUGCGCGCGCAAAGGCUCGAUUGCGUGCUCAAAAGCGUCAGCUGGAAAGCGGCUAGUGUCAUGGUGCGUACGAUAAGUCCGAACUACUGACACUUUUUACCCUGACCCGUCAUUAAUGCGCACUUUUUACACCAUUCGUACCGUGCAGCGUACAUUUUCCGGUGUAGUUCAGAUGGUUGCGUUCCAAAACAUACCUGCACCGCACUAACGCUCACCGGUUCAGACAAAUCGUACGCACCAUCAAUAGUGUAAAAAGUGUCGACAGUUUCUACCAUUCCGAACUCACCCUAACUAACUUCACUAUUGUUUAUGUCAUUUCAAGUAAAAGGCGCGAAACAGGUGAUUGUCAUUCCUUCUUGACCGCGAAAAUCAUUUUUCGAGCAGUCAUGUCUUCCAGUACCUCGCCGGGAAUUUCUCCAAAAAUGAAUGAAAGGGCCAAAGAUAUUUCGCUAUUCGACCCGGAUACCAAAGAUUCAGGCUUCUCUGAGGAUUCCCUAGAAGCCAGUGAGAAAUUAUUGGAAUACCCUUACCAGCUAGAUGACGAGAUGACUAUAUGCUUUUCCCCCCUUGUGGAGGCUUUUGAGGCCACCCCAAACGAAAAAACACAGUCGGGCAAAAAGAAACGUAUGUUUUCUAGCCCCAUCAGGCAAAGCCCUUCAUUAAUUGCCGCAAACUCGAUGAAAAGGCUCCGACUAUUCGACUCAGACACCCCGAAUAAAUCAGUGGCUUCUGAAGACUUUACUCAAGAUUUCUUAGCAGAAGGUUCCAAGAAUGAUGACCCAUUGGGGCCUUCAUUCAAAAUAAGAAAAGUGGAGCAAUACGAUGCCCGAAGAGGGGUUAUUAAAGAAGCUGUCGAGAAGUCUUCUGAAGGUAAUUUGAUUGGGGAUUUUUCUAAAGACUAUGCCUUGCCUUUGAUCAACGAGUCCCAUUCUGAACUAAAAAUGAUUUCUGCGGAUACCAUGAGGGACGUUUUGGAUGGGAAAUACAAGAAUGUGCUCCACUCGUUUAAGAUAAUUGACAGCAGAUACCCCUACGAAUAUGAAGGAGGACAUAUCCGCGGAGCAGUAAACUUGUACACUGCCAACACUUGUCUGAGAUUACUCGACAACUCCGCACAUCCCAAAGACGAAAGACACAUCUUGAUUUUCCAUUGCGAAUUUUCCAAAGAAAGAGGCCCACGUAUGAACAGAUGCUUGAGAAAAGAAGACCGUACGAGAAACGCUUUCAACUACCCGGCCUUGAAAUUCCCAGAAAUGUAUGUCCUGGAAGGCGGUUACAAGAAAUUUUUCAAUAAUCAUCCCGAAUACUGCGAACCUAAUACCUACACCCCCAUGUUGAAUCCUGAAAAUCUUGACGAUUUGAAAUUUUUCAGGAAAAAGGGUAAGACUGAAAAUGUAUCGGGAACCAGCAAGAAAGGUCCUACUACUAAGAUGACAAGAAGUUCUCAUGGUAUAAGGAAGACAUUAUCUGAUGGCUUCUUUUAAGGAAGUAUACAUUUAUUUUUUUAUAUUUUUAAUUAUUUGAACUGAAAAUGAGUCCUAUGUUACUUUUGCAUCAAUGCAAUUUAGUAAUUUCAAAUUUUCUUACCAUAAUUAGCUCCAGUGAAAGACAGGUACAACAAAGUACCCAGUGAUUUUUGCAAAUGUGAAUCUAGUAGAAUUUAUAGAAUGUUUAUUUCUAACAUUCCAAUAUCUUAUUUUAUUAUUAUCAACUUUUAUGCAUUAUUUUGUAUAUAUUCCAUGUUCAAAAAUAUUGCGCUUCCUAUGAGAGUAGAUUUUUUUCAAUCUACCUAUUUAUAACAAUUUUAUAUUAUGUGAUAAUAAUUUAGGUUAUAAACUAUACAUUGCAUCAAUGUUUACAGAUUAUUUUGAAUUAUAAUUUGUUGGAAUUUUCCCACAUUUUGGUAUUGUGAUUUUUCUAUUCGUAAAUACCUUGUCUUGCUUAUUUGUUUUUUAGAUUAAAAUUGUGCCAUAAUUUGCACCAUAUUUUUUUUUGCAUCACACUAUAUAAAGUAAGUACGACAAGGUAAAUAUAUAAUUUAAUUUUGAAAAUUAUAAUUUUUUUGUUCUAGUGCAAUUAAAUAUCAUUACGCUUUUAUUUAGAUAUUAUUUUUAGAGUUUCUAUGAGUUGGAAGAAUUUUUAUAAUUUAAUUAUUUUUUAAGAAAGCCAAAUUGUUUAUUUUUUUUUUGUGCAAUGUUUCCAUAGGUUAAGUAGAAUUUUCAUGUGUAGUGUGGUCCCUAUGUUUGAUGAUUUCUUCUGUAUUUUGAUAACGUAAUAGGAUCUAGUUGAAGAAUGGACAUUCCAUGAUUCUAAUUGAAUAACUCAAUUUGAUAGUGAUUAAUUUAUUGGACAUACAUUAUUUUUAGAAUUGUUCCAUCAAUAAAGAGGUAUCAAUUAA